AUGAAGCACUUCUUACAGAGGCUCUCUAGGCAAUAUGAUAUUCAUGUUGAUACUGGCAGCUGGAAGAAACGCCUUGAAACAGAGGGGGAGGGCGCUGCACCUACUUGGAAUUGGUGCGAUCAGCUUUUGGUAUUCCGUCCGCUGGACUCUCGAGGGUCUAAGGUGUUGCCGACCCCGAUGUCCUCAGCUAUGGACACUGAUAAUUGCGAGGUCCGUAUAACGCAUGUAAUGCUGUGUACCAACUAUGUUGGCCUCAUUGUUGGCGAUGUUCAAGUAGAUGGUGAGGAGAGUCGGGAGAGGCUUGCGGCUGGUGUUAUUGUGUGUGGUCGGUCUGGAGGUCUGCCAGGGCAGUCGCCGGUGGGGACGUACAGAGCGAUAGACGUGGUUAGAGCGGCACUACGCAGAAACAAGGAUGUUCUGGACAGCGACUGGACGAUGCAGGGCGUGAAGGAGCUGAGGGACCUGGACGUUACACCGCAGUCUAGUCUAACGAAUGUGGAUCAUAAACAUGAGGAUGUCUACGUCCAAGAGCUGAGCAAACCGAUGAUCAUAGCGGCGCCUCGAGAGACCAUCACGGUUAAGCAGAGAGCUCCUCAACCUCGCUCGGGGUCGACGAGUGGGUUAGUAGUGCCACCGUGGAGAAGGGGGACUAGCGCGACAGAUGACCAGCAGCAGCUGCCUUGGGCUGGUGGUGUGGCGGCAGGUCUACACAGGCAACAGAGUGGUAGGGAGAUGCUGACUAUGUCGAAUGCCUUAUUACGUACUGGGGAGAAGAGGGAGUACACCGACUUCCAGACGUGCUUGGAUAAGGAAGGUCGUAGUUAUGGUAUUCUGGAAAUGCUGAGAGUUCGUCGAGGCGCUGCGAGUGAGGAACCACCUAAGGAGCUUAAAACACUUCGAGUGGUGAAGAGCGAGGCGGUUGGGGAGAAGAAGAAGCGAGAUGGUGAAGCUGAAGGGAAUAACGUAGGAGGACGAUUUUCUAUGGGAACUGAGGGAACUACUGAGAGUGUAUCUUCACCUUCGAGACCUCGUGUUGUGGAGCCAGCAAGGGAAGCGCCGUGGCGAUCGGUAGCUGUGCCGCCGAGUAAGGAGGCAGCAGGGUUUUGGUGAUUUGCUGGAGGAGUGGUAUGAGGCAUCAUUAUUUGGCGUCGUAAUAUUUCUUCCGGCCUUAUUGCUGAGCAGCUGUGGUUGACCACUAUUACGAAGAUCUCUAUUGCUGCCGCCUCCGCCGCUGUCGCCUAUCGAUACAUCAUCACCGUACCAGUUAUCGGAAAGGUCAG